GGGGGAGACACUUCGGGAGUCUGCAUGAAAAGGUGUGCGGAGCUACAGGCUGAGCGUUUGCUUUACGAAGGGGGUUCAAUCUAGAGUUGUAUGCCAACAUCUGCACUUCAAUCCAAAGUUGCCAUAACUACUGCCCAUAGUCUCAACAUAUCUACACAUUUUGUUGUCGUAGUUGCUUGUCGACAAUCGCUAUCAAAAACGUCUUAAGCUACCGCUAUGGUUCGUCCUACAUUCUCGUAUAUUGUUGAUACACCCAAGGAUCCAUCACAGGAUGCUCUACUCACAGAGACUCAACUAUCGCAAGCUCUCAUCCAUAACCCCCUGCCACGAUUUCUCCCAUUUACGAGACUCCCGCCUGAAAUCCGAAUCAUGAUCUGGGAUCUAGCUAUUCCAAAAGGGCAGCUCCGGCUCCAGAUGAAAUGCUACUGUCACCCCGACGAUCGGAUUAUUUCUUUUUCCCCGAGCCUUCUCCCUCCUGCUGUCGCCCAGGUCUGUCGAGAGUCUCGAGCUGUGGCCUGUCGCAGCGGUAUCAUUGUGUCAUUUGAGUGUCCUAAUUGCAGCGAAGAAUUGAAGAGUUGGUAUGAUUCGGGCAGGGAUAAAGUUUCCAUGUUGAGUACCGCGUAGUCGAUAAUCGCGCACCGACCCAGGGCUUGCAGGAAAUGCUACAGUGUGUCGAGCAUGUCACAAUUGGGAUGCCUAGAUGUUCAAGUU